AGGGCAUCACAGAUGGUUAGGGAAGACGAUUUGUUCCCCCGUUUGCACAGAGAAUAGCAAAUUACAUCGGAAGGACUCCGGGCGGUUCAGUGGUUUGAUAUUUUAGAGAGGAAUGUUUUUUUCCCUCAAUGUGGGCGCAUGCAGACGACUGGGAGUUCGAGAUGCCAACCAGCAAGCCAGAGACACCUGACGAGGAUGGAGACGUGAAAUCUGAGUGCUCUGGGGAUUUUUUAAUGACAUAAUUUCUAAAGGACUAUUAAAUUACAUUUUCUUUUUCAGGGAGGAGGUGUGGCACCACAGCGUGUCCGACCAGCUUCCAGUGGCGCAUGGAUUUAUGACUUUUGUGCGAAGACAAAGAAAAGACAAGAAGAGUCUACGUAACUUUAUAUAGGUCACACCCACGCCACAUAAUAUCACCUAACUCAUAUCGUCUUUAAGUAGAACUCGGGGAGGCACCCAGGUGCGCUCCAUGUUUCAUUCAGGACGCACCGGUACCGGCGGUACCUGCGGGACAUAAACGCACAGUUGGAACGCGAGAGCAGCGUUGGGCUGUGGGCCAGUGAUGCCGGACACAUUCACACUCAUAAAGAACCGGACAGAGCCACGGCUGGGGCAGCUAGAGCGCACACUGGACACAGAGGGAAGCGCCCGCCCCGCCUGGGUCAUAGGAAUCCUGGCCAGCGUGUUGAUCUUCACCACGGUGGUGGACGUGUUGGGGAAUCUGCUGGUCAUCAUCUCGGUGUUCCGGAACCGUAAGCUGAGGAACUCGGGUAAUGUGUUUGUGGUCAGUUUGGCAUUUGCUGACCUUGUGGUAGCCUUCUACCCCUACCCCUUGGUUCUCUAUGCUCUCUUCCACGAUGGAUGGGCACUGGGAAACACACAAUGCAUGGUCAGUGGUUUCCUGAUGGGGCUGAGUGUCAUCGGCUCCAUUUUCAACAUCACUGGAAUUGCAGUGAACAGAUACUGCUACAUCUGUCACUCAUUCUCUUACAGUCGGCUGUACAGCUAUCGCAACACUCUGCUGUUUGUUGCCUUAAUUUGGGUGCUUACAAUUGUGGCCAUUAUCCCCAAUUUCUUUGUUGGCUCCUUGCGCUACGACCCGCGGGUAUACUCUUGCACCUUUGCCCAGAAUGUCAGCAGUUCCUACACAGUGGCAGUAGUAGUGGUUCACUUCUUGGUUCCCAUUGCAGUGGUUACCUUCUGUUAUCUACGCAUCUGGGUGCUUGUGAUUCAGGUGCGACGCAAAGUGAAGACAGAGGAGAGCCCUCGCCUCAGGCCAAGUGACUUGCGGAAUUUCAUCACCAUGUUCGUGGUCUUUGUGCUGUUUGCCAUCUGCUGGGCUCCACUUAACCUGAUCGGCUUGGCGGUGGCCAUAGAUCCAUCCCAUGUGGCACCCCAUAUCCCUGAGUGGCUUUUUGUGGUCAGCUACUUCAUGGCCUACUUUAAUAGCUGUCUGAAUGCCAUUAUAUAUGGCUUACUCAACAGGAAUUUCAGGAAUGAGUACAAACGCAUUGUCACCUCCGUAUGGGUGACGCGACUUUUUGUGACAGAGACUUCGCGGGCUGCAACGGACGGCCGGAGCAUGAGGAGCAAGCAGUCACCACCUCCACCGCUCAAUAACAACGAGUCAGGAGCAGCACGCACAAACAAAGAAUGA